AUGUUAUUGGUCAAUAGUGAGGAAGUCAACUUCUAUCGUCCAACAAACCAAAAUCAAUUCAAUCGAUUCGUCAAACACUGGAUCCAUGGAUCGAAUCCAAGACUGCAACGCAUGUCUCUAUCAAUCGAUUUCACUAAUUCCGUGAGCAGAGACGUGCUUCUAAAAGGAAUCAGAUGCAUGGAUACGAGUGAGGAGAUAAAAAGAGAUAUCAGUCAAAGACACUGGCUUUCAAACUGUGAUAUGGUUCAAAUCAGACGGAAAGAUGGGACACCUGCAGUGAUUGCGACGAAAGAUGGACAUCGUAGUCUUAAUAUUCAUCUAAUUGUUAUGCACUGA